AAACAAUCGGCACUUAAGACGAAGAUUAGUUGAUACGGAUUUGAGAACUUAUCACGUGAUAAAAGACGACGCGUCGUCCAUUCUGGAGAGAACUAGAACUUUUUGUCAAAUUCAACUAUAUAUACUAUCCCGCUCCUAACUCUUCUCAAACAAUUAAUUUGCGUUUUGCGUUUUGCAUUUGCUUGUAUCAAUGGACGCGUUCUUCGGUUCCCAAUCGUCUUCGAGAACCCGCUGGAGUUCUGAUUCUCUCAAGAACUUCCGUCAGAUUUCUCCCCUCGUUCAGAAGCACAUCACGCGAGUUUAUUUUACACUAUGUUGCGCUGUGGUUGCUGCUGCUGUUGGAGCCUUUCUUCAUGUGCUGUGGAACAUUGGAGGUUUUCUCACUACUGUGGCUUCCAUUGGAAGCGUUAUUUGGUUGCUCUCAACUCCUCCUUUUGAAGAGCAAAAGAGGGUGUUUCUGUUGAUGGCUUUGGCCCUGUUUCAGGGCGCUUCCAUUGGACCUUUGAUUGAUUUGGCCAUCGCAAUUGAUCCUAGCCUUAUCUUCAGCGCAUUUGUGGGAACUUCUCUGGCUUUUGCUUGUUUCUCAGCGGCAGCUUUAGUAGCAAGGCGGAGGGAGUAUCUCUACCUUGGUGGCUUGCUUUCUUCUGGGAUUUCCAUUCUUCUGUGGCUGCACUUUGCUUCCUCUGUUUUUGGAGGCCCAAUAGCGCUCUUUAAGUUUGAGUUGUACUUUGGGCUUUUGGUAUUUGUAGGCUACGUUAUAGUAGAUACCCAAGAAAUUAUUGAGAGGGCUCACUUUGGCGACCUGGAUUAUGUGAAGCAUGCAUUGACACUAUUCACUGACUUGGCUGCAAUUUUUGUGCGGAUUCUUAUUAUAAUGUUGAAGAAUUCAGUUGAGAGAAAUGAGAAGAAGAAGAAGAGGAGAGAUUAAUAAUCUGACUCACUGGCUCGGGCUUCUCUUCAGUAAUUUAGUUUGUGGAGGCAACAUUGUUAGCUGUUUAUAAAGUUGUUUAUCCUCACGUGUAGUUAAGUUGUACACUUUAGUGGUAAAUGUCAGGAUUUCUUCUGAAUAUCUCGAUUAACUAUUUUCUAAUAAGCAGUAAUCAAUCGUUUAUAG